AUGUCCCCUUACUUUCGGAGGCUCCUUGACGGUGGGAUCAAUGACCCCCUGGAGAUUCGUUCUCUUCCAUUUUAUAGCAUUGGCGGCGCUGGAACCCAUUUUCCAACUAUCGAUAAAUCGGGACACCCCGUGUUACCCUCAAAUACCAGACUUCCCCGACGAGUGCUGGGCAUUCUGCCAGCCGCUGAACCCGAGGACGACAACACAUCAGGCCAGGAUCGUGAGAGGUAUCUCGAAAUUUUUGGUUAUGGUGGUCAGUGGUUUGAUUGUAGGGACGUCGAGGGCUAUCUGAAAGACAAAGGCGUUGAUCUAGAUAUGUCUUCUUUAUAUCCAGCGUUGAACAACACCAGCACACAGACCCCCGCGCCCUACCAGCAGGUGCAUACACUAUCCGGAAUGGAUAGUAGCGCAAAGACUCAUCAACCGGGAGGGUCUGUCCACGACCUUCUACUUUCGACUCCUACACCUUCCCAUCCUAGUGAUGAAUUCCACAUCUCAGACACCACCAUGUUUGGACACCCAGACCCUCAGACUGAUUACUUUAAUAAUUCUACAUUCCAGCGAUGUCCUCGUUACAGCCUUGAUGUCCAGAAAUUCUUCGACCGUGAUGGGCUCGCCGAGAUCGUCCGGUGGGUCAACGACUAUGAAUGGCGAAGACUGAAUGACGUGGAAGUUUGUGCCCUGGGCGUCUGGCAUAAAGCGCUUGGGGAGGCGAUGGAAAUCCCGUACACGACGCUGCCUUCGUGCGAGGAAGGAUGGGAGAAUGGUCUGCAUUUCGCGCGAGAAAUGAUAGCUUGGAUCCUCGCCUAUGAGGCAAAGGUCGCAAUCAACACUCCCAACAACUCGGCGUUUGUGAACAACUAUUUCGAGACCAAGGCCGACAAGCUUCCCUCGGUCGUGAAACCAUGGAUCAGGCAGAUGCUUGCGGUAGACAUUGACCCAACAAUGCGACGAAGCAUGGGAUUGCCGGAGCCGAAUCUUCUUAUUGCAUCUUACAUGCGGUCCUUCAGCACGCUUCGCCGCUUUUUCCUGAGAUAUCUCAGCCUGCCAAAGGCUCCGUCAAAAGUGCACAGACGUCUCGCCGAGAAACCCCACCCGGGUACCAGGUUGUAA